AUGGGUUGGGUUAGAGGAGAAACCCUAGGAAAGGGUGGUUUUGGGUUCGUCUCCAUGGCCAACACCAACCAAGAAGAUAAUCUGCCACCGUUGAUUACAGUGAAAUCUGCCAAAUUUUCCGAAUCCGAAUCACUGAGGAAGGAGAAGAUGGUGCUCGACAAAUUCCAGUCAUGCCCCUUUAUCCACUGCUUUGGGGACUCAAUCACGACCGAAAACGGGGAGAAACUCUACAACAUAUUGCUCGAGUACGCAUCUGGUGGAUGCCUUGCCAAUCUCAUCAUCAUCAAAGCUGCCCUUCCGGAAAUCACCGUCAGCCGCUGCACGAAAUCCAUACUCUCGGCCCUCCUUCACAUCCACAAGGCUGGCUACGUACAUUGUGAUAUGAAGCCUCACAACGUGUUGCUUGUGGGCCAAGAUGCGAAGCUCGCGGAUUUCGGGAGCUGCUGCAAGAGCUUCAACAAUAAUAGUAAUUGUGAUGAUUUCAAGGGCACGGUUAUUUAUGCGGCCCCAGAGUCGAUAGCCCAGCAGAAGUACGGGCCCGAAUCGGAUGUUUGGGCCUUGGGCUCCUCGGUUCUACACAUGCUCACCGGAAAGCCACCGUGGGCUUUCGACAGCAAGGCCCAACCAAAGGAUGUUCUCUUCAAGAUUGGGUGCAGUGACCAGAAUCCCCAUAUUCCAACAAAUAACAGAAUAUCUAAAGAGGCUAAAGACUUUCUCGCAAAGUGUUUGGUGAAGGAUCCGACGGCCAGGUGGAAAGUUGAUAUGCUUCUCGACCAUCCCUUUUCAACAAGGCCGAUCCAUCAACAGUUGCUGGAAAAUACCAUCAUCAUCAUCAUCAUCACCAUAGAUUGUGUCAUGGCAUUCACUCUUUGGUGCCUCACUGUUUUCACCACCCAAAAGUGCAGCCUGUUGAUUUAUUCUUCUGGCUACUCCAUGUAUAUAUGCUUCAUGACCAAUCUGAGUUGUGAAUAUUAUUAA